GCAGACAUGGCCGCAGGGUUCAGGAGAAGCUGCGGGGUCCUGAGGAGUAUUUCUCGUUUUGACUGGAGAUCACAACAUACAAAAGUCAAUCUACACCGUGAACCAGGAUUAGGAUUUAGUUUUGAGUUCACUGAACAGCAAAAAGAAUUUCAAGCUACUGCUCGUAAAUUUGCCAGAGAGGAAAUAAUUCCAGUUGCUGCAGAAUAUGAUAAAACUGGUGAAUACCCUGUCCCCCUAAUUAAAAGAGCCUGGGAACUUGGUUUAAUGAAUACACACAUUCCAGAGAGUUGUGGAGGUCUCGGACUUGGAACUUUUGACGCUUGUUUAAUUACUGAAGAAUUGGCUUAUGGAUGUACAGGGGUGCAGACUGCCAUUGAAGCAAAUUCUUUGGGGCAAAUGCCUAUUAUUAUUGCUGGAAAUGAUCAACAACAAAAAAAGUAUUUGGGGAGAUUGACUGAGGAGCCAUUGAUGUGUGCCUACUGUGUAACAGAACCUGGAGCAGGUUCUGAUGUAGCUGGUAUAAAGACCAAAGCAGAAAAAAAAGGAGAUGAAUAUGUUAUUAAUGGUCAGAAGAUGUGGAUAACCAAUGGGGGGAAAGCUAAUUGGUAUUUCUUAUUGGCACGUACUGAUCCAGAUCCCAAGGCUCCUGCUGGUAAAGCCUUUACUGGAUUUAUUGUGGAAGCAGAUACCCCAGGAAUACAGAUUGGAAGAAAGGAAUUAAACAUGGGCCAGCGAUGUUCUGAUACAAGAGGAAUUGUCUUUGAAGAUGUGAGAGUGCCUAAAGAAAAUGUUUUAAUUGGUGAGGGAGCUGGUUUCAAAAUUGCAAUGGGAGCUUUUGAUAAAACUAGACCUCCAGUAGCAGCCGGUGCUGUUGGAUUAGCACAAAGAGCUUUGGAUGAAGCUACCAAAUAUGCCCUGGAAAGGAAAACUUUUGGAAAGCUACUAGUAGAGCACCAAGUAGUAUCAUUUAUACUGGCUGAAAUGGCAAUGAAAGUUGAACUAGCUAGACUAAGUUACCAGAGAGCAGCUUGGGAAGUUGAUUCUGGUCGCCGAAAUACCUAUUUUGCCUCAAUUGCAAAGGCAUUUGCUGGAGAUAUUGCAAAUCAAUUAGCUACUGAUGCUGUGCAAAUUUUUGGAGGCAAUGGAUUUAAUACAGAAUAUCCUGUAGAAAAACUCAUGAGGGAUGCCAAGAUCUAUCAGAUUUAUGAAGGUACUACACAAAUUCAAAGGCUUAUUAUAGCCCGUGAACACAUUGGCAAGUAUAAAAAGUGAAGAGAUUGUUAUAGAAAUAUGAUUAAUCAUUGAGUAACUAUAACACAAUUCACUGUUUAAGCUCCAGACAUGAGAAAAGCUUUAACAUUUUUCCAUUGAAAAUAAACAUAAGUAAUCUUAUACUAAAUCUAUGCAAUGAUUCUAAUAGUAGCUUAUACUUUUAAUUUCCCUUUUUUAAAUAGAUUUGAUUUCACUAAAAUUAUGUAUUGUCCUUAGUACCACUGUACUUGAAUUACAUUAUCCUAGAAAAAUACAUAUCUUUGUGAUUUUGAUCUCUUAAAAUUAAAGUAAUAGAAGUUUCUUGGAAUUUCAAUAUCCCAAUGACAGAAAAGUAGACUUAGUCAAAGCAUUCAGAAUGCUCCUAAAUUUAUACUGAGAAAAUAUCGUAGGGUUUUCAUACCAUUAACUUUGCCAGUGUUUGUAUGCAUAAUAGUAGUAUAAUAUUAAAGGAAUGCAUUUUAACUACAAUUUGAAAAACAUUUGCUUUCAUUUUGCCUAGUAAUAAUCAAAAUUCCAAUAUUCAUAUUCUCAUUAUGCAAGAAUUUCCUUGAAAAAAUAUUAAUUCUGAGCCCACAUCCACUUGCCUUAUUUAUAAUAAAUCAAUAAAGCUUGCCUUAAACUU